GCAGGUGGUGUUUUUUUUUUAUAAAUACGUUUCAUGUGAUUAGCUGUGAGUCAUGGGAUCAUAUGCGAAACAUGUGAAUCUUCCAGAUUUAAUGGAGAUUUUCUCUCGUGUCUUCGAUCAUCGGCCGUUUUUGAAAGGAGAGAUCAACUACUUUCUGCAGGAAUUCGAGGAGGCCCGUGGGGAUCGAGAAGUGGAAAAAAUUUUCUCAGUCGUGGAGAGAGCGACGGAGAUUCAUCAGGAGCAGGUUCAAAAGGCCUACGAAUUGUGCGAGAAGAAGAUUCCUAGUUUGGCUGGUCGUCUCGACGUUGGCCUUCUCAUGUGUUCGCAAAUUGCGGAACGCGAAACACGGAUGCAAGCAGACGUAAUCCUCGAAAACAACCGCGAAGCCAGGAGACAAGAGUGGGAAAUGUUCUUGACGGAUUUGACGGAAAAAUGCAAAGCCGUCGACGAUUCUUUCGCUGAACGUGAAGAAGAACUUCGGAAGCAUUACGCGAACCUGAAUGCGGAAAUUGGUGCUGCCCAGAAACCUCAGUAA